CGUAGAUUCGUAGCACAGCGUUCCCUGCCGCGCGGCGCUCUUUCUAUUUCCGUCUGAAACAAGGUCGAAGUGGCCAUCGCCCAUCGUAGAUUCAUAGCACAGCGUUCCCUGCCGGCGGCGCUCUCUCUAUUUCCGUCUGAAACAAGGUCGAAGUGGCGAUUCAGACGCGGGAUUAAUUUCAGUAUGACUCAUUCACCACUCCACAUUUCCUUAUUGUUUAGUUCUACAUUAGCCGAUUCAUUUUUUGAUCGAUUGUAUGAGAGUUGAGUUGUUGAUUAAGAUUAGGUUUUGUAAUUUUUACUUCUGGUAGAUUAUUUAUUAUUGGUUUAAGAUCGAUAGUGCACUUACCGUUUCACGCUUGAAGAAGACCACAACUUGUAUAUAAUUAUAUUCAUUUUGUUCCAGCAAUUAUAAAGUUUGCAGAUACAAUUGAUUCACACUACUUGGUAGGAAUGCUUUACUUGUUAGUGUAGGCAUGGCCUUAGAAGAUGAGUUAGUGGGUGUGCUCAAGCAAUCUGAGAAAAAGUCUAGGAAGUUGAAGAACAUUAAAGAGAAGAAUACAAACAAUGGUAUCCAUGUUGAGUGCAUUGCAAAGAAUAAGAAAGUUGAGGACCAUGAAAGCUUUGAGGGAGGAAAUUUCACAAACAGGAGGGUUUUGACUGAUGGUGUUGAAAGGAAGAAGAAGAAGAAAUUGAAAAAUCCAGUAGAUAAUAAUGGUUGUGGAAGAAUGAGUUUGGACUGUGCUGGGAAUUGUGUAAGUAAGGUGGAAAUGCAGAAGACGAAGAGAGAUGUUAACAGUAGUGCGGAUGAGUCCCCUGCACGGUGUGAAGAGAUUAAAGAUGAUGCUUUUGUAGACAGUGAAGAUAAUGCACAUCCAACUAUAACUAAGAUGCUAGAAAAUGCUAACGAGAAGGAAAAGAUGGUUGCAAAACUCAUUGAUGAGCGCAAUGAAGAUAGUAUUGAGAUGGCCAGAAUGAAGAAUAAGAAGAGAAAGAGGAAGAAAGAAAAGAAGAAUAAUGAUGUUGGUGCUGGAUCAGUAGAUAUUGAGACAGAAAGUCUUGGAGGUACUGAAGGUGUUGCUUAUCCAAGUGUAAAGAAAACAAUUGAUGAUGGGACAGGAAAUGAGAAUAUUAACAGUAAAAUGCACUCUGGUGAUGAAUUGGGGGGUUUCUGUGUUUCUAAUGUUCUUAAAAAAGGGAAUGAAGAAAUUAAGGAAGCGGAAUUAAUUCGAGGUAAGUGGUUCUCUAAAGAAGAAGAUGAGAUCAUCAAAGAAGUUGUUCAUAGAUACAUAGAGACACAUGAUUUAGGUGAUGAAGGUUUGAAUAUGGUUCUAAAUUCUCAAUCCUUCCCAAAUGUGAGAGGCUGUUGGAAGGAAAUAGCGGCUGCCCUUCCUGAAAGACCUUAUACUUCAGUAUACUUUCGUGGCCAAAAGCUGUUUCGAAAAAGUGACAUCCCUUGGACUAAGGAAGAUUACGAAUUUAUACGGAAGUAUCAAGAAAAACAUGGGAAUCGGUGGUCAGAUAUGGCUGUGGAACUUGGCAAAUUCAGAGUUCAUAUCCUUAAUGCAUGGCUCAGAAUUAAGCUGCCCAACAGGAAGAAGGGACGCUGGUCUCAAGAUGAGUACCAAACUUUAUUUGAUUUAGUGAAUACUGAUAUGCAAUUGAAGAUUUUUGAAGAGAAGAAAUCCAACUGUGGUAUGUUGCGAGACAAUAUUUGUUGGAUGGCAAUUAGUGAGAAAUUGGGCACACGGAAUAAUACAACAUGUUGUAUGAAAUGGUACAACCAGUUAACGUCACCUAUGGUGGUUGAAGGUAAAUGGACCGAUUCUGAUGAUUAUCGCCUAAUAGGUGCACUAUAUAACUUGGAUGUAAGCAGCAUAGAAAAUGUAGACUGGGACAAUCUUCUUGACCACAGGCUUGGCGAAGUAUCUCUGCAGCGUUGGAAGCAAAUGGUUUAUCACAUAGGAAACCAUGAAAACAAAUCAUUUGCUGAACAAGUUGAAAUUCUGGCACAAAGAUACUGCCCAUACUUACUUGGAGCAAGGGAGGCAUGGGAUAGUAAGCCUUUUGUGCUGUGAAUCCUUGGAUGAUCUGUCGUCUUUUCACUGCAAAAAGUCUUCAAGGUAAGAUACAUGUAUGUGUGUACACAAACUUGGUGUGCAUUUGUGAAGUAAUCUAAGAAGGUGAUAGUUGAGCACCACCACAUCGGGCUCUGCCCGUGAUCUCAAACAUGGAAAUUGACAGUAAUGGGAAGAAAAUAAAAGUGAUAGAUAAAAGUAUGAAAGUUUUGCUCUUCGAAUUAACUUAUGAAAAAUGUCUUUGAGAAAUGCAUUUUUGGUGUUGAGUGGACCUUAAAUGCAUUUCCCAAAUGCGGCACUACUUUGUAUUACUCCCUCUGUCCCAUUUUACCUGUCUUACUUUCUUUUUAGU